AAUAGAAUAAAAACAGAGAGGUAUUUAAGUGUCAAAUGAUUGAUUUGUAUUUUCCUAAAACAAUAUCAUUAAUUAAAGGAACUACGCACAAUCAAUAGAAAAAAGUAAGGGGUUACAAGUAUACUAACUAUAUAAUAACUGGAAUAAACGGACAAGGCUUAAUUAAAGAUUACAGGGGUCAACCUUGAAAUCAACCAAAUCAGUCAGACUAGAGACCGGUAAAUUUACCUUCUUAAAUAUGGAAGGAAAAGUACAAAUUUGAACGUGGAUAGAAAGUACUGGAUACUUUUGGCUUUAUAUGUUAUAGAUAGGUGUAUAAAUAUUCAUCAAUAGGUCAGAGAGAAAGGUUAAUAGAUAGCAUAUCAACCAUAGAAGGCUAUCCGAAGAUAAAGAUGCUAUAUUGGAGAUAAAAUAAAUUACAUAACCGAACUUGAUGUAAACAACUCGAAAUCAAUUUCAUUACGUUAUUCUAUUAAUAUCCGGAAAAGAUAAAUCCUUUUAGAGAUUAUUUUGGUGAUAUGUGUGACAGGUGUUUCUUAAUUGAUUGAUAUGUUUUAUAAUAAAAAGAAUCGAUUAUCGUUUAACAGAGUAACACGAAUGUAUACGCCUUUUGAAAUGUACUUAAUGUUUUAAUCGAAGAAUAAAAUUCAAUGAAGUCACAGAUUGAGAGAAUCAAUCGUCACGUAUUCCGAACGGAGAAGAGUUAAAAUAUUCCGAAAGGAGGAAAGUAAAGGUAUUCCAAACGGAGCAAAGUUAACACACUCCGAAAAGAGCGAAAUUUUCAUAUUCUAGACGCUGGAAAAUUAAUUAAAAUACCCCGAAUAAAGGGAAGUUUACAUAUUCCAAAAGAAAGAAACGUAACAUAUUCCAAUUGUAUGAAAAUACACUUGUGAAACAUUUUUAAAAAGGAAUAUUUUAUUGUGUUAUUGCGUUCAAACAUAAGUCCUAUUGUUAAUAUAGGAUAUAGGACUAUUAACGCCGGAAAACGCACAUUCAAAUAAUGUAUAGAACUUUACCAUGAGGAAGUACUUUAAACAUUUGGACUGAUAAAUUUGUCCAUAUAAAUUCGCCGUUUCAUUCAGGCGUGUUCUUUUUGGCCCUUGAAAUCUCCAAUGCAGAAUAUGUAACAGUUAUUCGUAUUGAGAAAAAGAUAGUUCUCGAUUCCUAGAAUCGUCUAAAACAAUUAAGUACACUAACGAUUUUUUACAAGGACUUCGUCUUAUAUAUAAAACAAAGUGAUAACUGUGGUAAAUUUGUGCAAUCCAUUUUGGCGAGUACGAGCGGUAGAUAUCAGCAGAUAUGGUGAACAUAUAUUGGUGAGGUAAUAAUAUGAAAAAGGACAAGGAUCUACGUUGAAGUCAGAGAUACCACGAGAAUAGACUAUGCGUGGAAUAAACUUCAGAACCUUUAAAUCGAAAUCUUUGCUGGCAUUUGUCACUGUGAGUUUCGUCAUUUUGUUUACGUUUUAUUCUUUUCAUAGCGGUCAAAUAGACAUUUAUAAACACUUAAAUCAAAGGCGAUAUUAUGGAGUUCAAGAUUUGGUUUCUGGUGAUCAAGAUUUUGUAAAAUCUAACAAAUCGGUCAUAAUAACGAGGAAGCUGACAGAGGAAAGAAAAGAAAAUAUCCCGUUGUCUGCUGUAAAUUUAACAAGUAAUUCCAAUCCAUUAAAAAUUCAUUCAAAUGAUGAACGGGCGAAACGAAACAAUUCAAGAAAUUAUUUCAAUAACGUAAAAGCAAGAUACGAUACUAGCUCCGAUUACAAAGCUGACAAAUUGGUCGUAUCAGGCAGUGUUGAUACAUUCGACAUUAAACAAAGUUCAAAGGUCAAAAUAUUGAUAAACAGUUCACACGAAAGGGAAAACACUUUUACUGAUAACAGUAAAAGGACACGUUUUGAUCACGUUCCUAUCAAUACGAAACGAGAUUAUUUAGUUACACCAAUAUUUAAGAGUACAGGUGACCAGGUUUCAUCUUUUUCAAAGUCUGGUCUCAUCAAAAAUAGAUAUCCAAGUCGAUUACUAAAACACAAUAAGAAAAUGGAAGGAUAUUUACGAAAGAAAAAUAAAUUAAAGAACAAUUCGAAUAAAUUUUCGGAGAAAAAUUAUGGCAUGCCCUUUAUGAAUGUUUUUCUUAGAGAUAAAAAUGACAUUGAGGAAAAUCAAAAACAAAUUCGAACCGGAAAUAGAAGAAACCCGGUUGUUCGGUUCCCUUACAAGGAAGCUUUGGGACGACAAAAUUUAAUUGAUCGUUCAUUUGGAAUGCAGAAUAAAUAUGAACAGAUAAAAAAAACAAUUUAUAAAUCAAAAUUGUCAAUGAACAAGACGUUACAAACUGACAACGAGGUUAUAAAUGAAUCUUUGCCUGUGCGAAACGAAUCGUGCAGUAGGUGCUUUAAAAAUGACUUCGAUAUCUUGUUGAAUCAAAACGAUUUGUGCACUGAAGCAGAUACAAUCGAUAUUUUAAUCCUUAUUUCAAGUUCUCCAGGCGAUUUCAACGAACGAAGAGCAAUACGAGAAACAUGGGGUUCAAACUGUAAUCAUGAAAACUCGUCAAUGAAGCUUUUAUUCGUAAUCGGCAAUACUCGUAACAUUCCGGACAACAUUCGUCAAUCUCCGGCAAUUCCGAGUGAAAAUAAUAUAACUUCAAAUCAUUCUGAAAAAGAAUUUUCUAAAGAGGGACUUCAGAAAGAAAGCAUAAUAUUUAAAGACAUUGUGCAGAUUGAUUUUGUUGAUUCAUAUGGUAAUUUAACUUUUAAAACUUUAUCUGGAAUAGCAUGGGCCGUUAAGUUUUGUUCAAAAGCGAAAUACAUUAUGAAAACUGACACAGAUAUGUUUGUGAAUACAGAAUUACUUCCCUUUUUAAUACAACAUGCACCGAAAAAAGAGUUUGUCGGUGGAUAUUGCUGGGGACCAUCUUCACCAAACAGGGACCUUCUUUCAAAAUGGUUCGUUUCGUAUAACAGUUACCGAAAACCCCAGUUCCCGCCUAUGUGUUCUGGUACCGGUUACAUAAUGAGUAGUGAAGUCGCUAGCUCUAUAUUGCGUAAGGCUAAAGAUAUUCCAUUCUUUCACUUAGAAGAUGUGUAUAUUGCAUUGUGCUUGAAAAAAAUUAACAUUGAACCCCAUAAUUUAUACGGGUUCAGUAACAUACGUCCAGAUUUUGAUGCCUGUUUUUACAAGAGUAAUGUAGUGACGUCACAUUAUAUGACACCAGAAAACUUGUACGAAUUCUGGCAACCAAUCAAAUCAUGUAGUUUCUCAGUUUUGCCAGAGGAUGUUUAUAGAGAAGUGCCGUUACCGUAUGUUUCAUGAUCUCAAAAAUCGCAAUUUUCUACAAGAGACGGAAAUGAAGAAAUUCUGAUCUUUAUUAUUGUGAGACUUUGUUUUUAAAUUGACAAUGUUGUAUAAAAUGAAAGGUGGUAUUUCGGAUAAUACAAAUUCAGAAGUCUAUAAGAAUAGUAUGCGUAAUUUGAACGAUCGUAUUUGAAAAUAAAAAUAACGUAACGUCA